UUAAUUGAAAUUUGUAAACCAACGGAGGAAUGAGACGAACGGUUCUUCCGUUCUCCUUCUCCCUCUCUGCCUCUUCCCUCUCUAGCUCUACCUUCCACCGCCUCGCCGUCGUACAGCUCGAUCCUCGUUAUCGCCGUCGGUUGAUUCUUCGUUAUUUUGUGAUGGGCAUCAGCAAAACCGAGAUUAAUUUGCGGAGAUUGCUUGCGGCUGCACCACAGCAGCAGAAUCAGGCAAAGCUUAUGCAUUAUGUUGCUACUUUGAGGGAACAAUUAGAACAACUCGCGGAAGAGAAGACCCCCGAAAGACUACCGAGAUUUCCAAAGGCUAAGGUUAAUGAGUAUUCUGAGAUGAUUGAAGCCAUUGCUUCCAGAAUAGCUGCUCAAGUGCCUGAUGAAAGGGUCUCUGACGAACUUUCUGCAAAGGAUUCUACCAAUGAGAGCCCUUCAAGAGCAGAAGAUGAUGUGCGGAGCCCCACUUCUCCACAGUUGAGAAGAAGAUUUGUGCCUGCGAGUAGCAAAGAGGAAUACCGUGGUGAUCUUGAUGCCGAUGCAUCAAAACCAGUAAAAUUAGAUGCUGCUGCUCAACUACACAUUGAAAAACACAGAAAGCUUCAAGAGGACCUCACUGAUGAAAUGGUGGUAUUGGCAAGGCAGCUCAAGGAGAGCAGUCUAAUGAUAAGCCAGUCUGUACAAAACACGGAGAAGAUACUGGAUUCGACGGAGGAGGCUAUAGAACAGAGCUUAGCAAGCACAGGGCAGGCGAAUGUAAGAGCUUCGAAGAUAUAUUCAGAGACCUCGAAGACGACCUGCUUCCAGUGGCUAUUGAUCUUCGCAAUGACCUGUGUGUUCAUCAUGGUCGUCCUCUUGAUCCGCGUCACAUAAAAAAAAAUGGCUCAUGGCUCUGAAAGGUUUGCCCUUUUAUCAGUAUAUGUAUAUGUUACUGAUUUAUCAGCAAAUAUAACCAAAAUUACAAAGCCUUCGUUA